UUCAUCGUGCUCGAGCCUCCGCAGCAACAGCGUCCAAACCAAACCGCCGCAGAGCUCCAACUGAGUCGUUGUCCCGCAGACUGACAAACUGCAGCUUCUUUUUUUUUCCGACCGACGGAAACAGCGGCCAUGGAGGAGCAGGCGCGUUACUUUUUCUGGGCGCAACUUCUCGCAGCUUGCCUGGUGUUUGGGGUGAAAGGUGACCUCUGUAAAGUGAACGUUUGUAAGAACGGGGGAACCUGUGUGACCGGCACAGGGACUCCGUUCAUUUGCAUCUGCCCCGACGGCUUUUCAGGUGAAACCUGCAAUGAGACUGAGACAGGACCUUGUAGCACCAACCCCUGUCAGAACGACGGCGUCUGCGAGGCGACUGGCCAGAGCCGCCGCGGUGACGUCUUCACCGAGUACAUCUGCAAAUGUCAGCCCGGCUAUGAAGGAGUCCACUGCCAGACCAGUGUCAAGGGAGCAAAUUUAAACUCUACAAAAGACGUAAACGACUGCGCCGGCCAGCCGUGCGAGAACGGCGGCACCUGCCGGGACUUGGACGGAGACUUCAAAUGCCACUGCCCCUCUCCAUAUGUGGGCAAACAUUGCCAACUGCGCUGUAUUUCUCUCCUCGGCAUGGAGGGCGGGGGCAUCGCCGAGUCCCAGAUCACGGCCUCGUCGAUCCGCUACACCAUGCUGGGCCUGCAGCGCUGGGGCACGGAGCUGGCCCGCCUCCACAACAAGGGACUGGUCAACGCGUGGAGCGCCGCUCCUCAUGACAAGAACCCCUGGAUACAGAUCAACAUGCACAGGACGAUGCGUUUCACGGGCGUCGUGACGCAGGGUGCCAGUCGCAUCGGCACGCAAGAAUUCAUCAAGGCCUUCAAAGUGGCGUCCAGUCAGGACGGCAGGACGUUCACCAUGUACAGGACCGAAGGACAGAGAAAGGACCAGAUUUUUGCGGGGAACGUGGACAACGACGGUACCAAGACCAACCUGUUUGACCCCCCAAUCAUCGCACAGUACAUCCGCAUCAUCCCUGUUGUGUGUCGCAAGGCCUGCACCCUGCGCAUGGAGCUGGUGGGCUGUGAACUCAACGUGUAUUCAAACACUCCAGGUUGUUCGGAGCCCAUGGGCAUGAAGUCUCGCCUGGUGCUGGACCGCCAGAUCACAGCCUCCAGCACCUUCCGCACCUGGGGCAUGAACGCCUUCACCUGGCUGCCGCACUACGCCCGGCUGGACAAGCAGGGCAAGACCAACGCCUGGAUUCCCGCCACCAACAGCCGGUCUGAGUGGCUGCAGGUGGACCUGUUGUCUCCUAAGAGGAUAACGGGAAUCGUCACUCAGGGAGCAAAAGACUUCGGCUCUAUCCAGUUUGUUUCGUCGUUCAAAAUAGCCCACAGUAAUGACGGACGGUCCUGGACUGUACUGCAGGACCAAACCACGCGCAAAGAYAAGAUCUUUACCGGCAACUGCGACAACAACGUUCACAAGAAGAACAUCUUCGAGCCGCCGUUCUACAGCCGCUACGUCCGCGUCCUGCCCUGGGAGUGGCACGAGCGCAUCACCCUUCGGAUGGAGCUGCUGGGCUGUGACGAGUAGCACGGCCUCUGCUCUACGUCCACAUCACACACCCCCACCCUGCCCCAAUCCUCUGUUCUUUCCUCCUGAGCCAUACCUGCACUGCCUUGCUCUCAGCUCUAGGGGGCAGCAAACAAUAGCGUAGCACCCCACCAAAAGCCUGGCUGGUCAGAGGUGGAAGUCGUUACCCCUAACCACUGUGAGCAGAAUCUCGAUUCAGCUAAACUUGCCUAUUUUUUGAUUUUAUUUUGUUUUUCCUGCUUUGAAUCAAAUCGCUUCAAGAAGCAGAGCAAGGUCCGCUCUUAUCCCCCCGUGUUUUAUGAAAUAAAAGUGUUAAUUUCCUCCUCCUUG